UGAUAUUUGACGAAAUUGCCUCGUGACUUCGUCUAGUCAACGCCAGUUGCCAUCCAGGGGAGGGGAGAAGAAGAAUUUGUAUUCUCAAGUUGUCGAUAUGAGAGAGAUGAAGUCAGAAACACGUUUGUGAGAGAACAGCUUUUAGAUGUGAUUGUGGAUCAGAUUCUCAAAGACUUUUCGCGAAGAGUCUCUGAUCCUUAAAUCGCUUCUCUCUCGCUUGACCUCAUUUCGUCGUCGAAAUCAGAUCCUUGUGAAAAUGCCGAAACAGGAUAUGGAGAAGAUGGAGCUUCGUAAGAACUUCCGUAAUGUUUGGCAUACCGAUCUUACCCACAGUAUCCAGAACGAUACUCCUUAUUGUUGCUUCGCGUUGUGGUGGUAAGUUUCGAUUGAUCUGAGAUUUUUCGUUGCUUGUUCUCUCUGUAUUUGGAAUUUGGAUAUUUGUAGUAGUCGGAUCUUGGUUUAUUUGAAUUGACCAAGAGUUGACUUCGAUUUAAAUUCUUAGAUCGGCUUGAUUUUCAUUUCAUCAAGAAAUGUGUAUGGAGUGAUCUGAAUUUCACAGAUAAUAUGAGUUUCUCUGAUCAUUGUAUGUGAUAAUUUCAGUGCAUUAGGAGUUUGACAUUGUAUGAUUUGUGUAUCUCUUUGGGUCUGAUAUGUUUAGCAUACAUAUGGAAAUGUCUUGUUUCUUCUUCUUCUCAUUGCAGUGCCCCUUGUGCAUCAUACUUGCUUCGCAAGCGUGCGCUUUACGAUGAUAUGUCAAGGUACGUCUGCUGUGCCGGUUACAUGCCUUGUAGUGGUAGGUGUGGAGAAGCCAAAUGUCCUCAACUUUGUCUUGCCACUGAGGUCUUCUGCUGCUUUGCAAACUCUGUGGCCUCAACUCGCUUUCUUCUGCAAGAUGAGUUCCAAAUUCAAACGACAAAAUGUGACAACUGCAUCAUUGGUUUCAUGGUUUGCCUCAGCCAAGUGGCUUGCAUAUUCUCCAUAGUUGCAUGUAUUGUCGGUAUGGAUGAGCUUUCAGAAGCUUCUCAGAUACUCACAUGUUGCUCUGACAUGGUGUACUGCACGGUUUGCGCAUGUAUGCAGACACAACACAAGAUGGAAAUGGACAAGAGGGACGGUAAGUUCGGGCCACAGCCAAUGGCAGUGCCUCCGGCUCAGCAAAUGUCACGGUUUGAUCAAGCCACCCCACCCGCAGUCGGUUAUCCUCCACAACAAGGUUAUCCACCUUCUGGUUAUCCUCAACACCCUCCACAAGGUUAUCCACCUUCUGGCUAUCCUCAAAACCCUCCUCCCUCAGCUUAUUCUCAAUACCCUCCUGGGGCUUAUCCUCCUCCUCCCGCUUACCCAAAGUGAUCACUCUUUGCCUGUUUUCUCUCCCGAUUGGAAAAUUUUAUUUCAUCUUUUUUUAAUGCUGUCUUGUUACGGGUCAAGAAUUGAACGUUCGCUGAUUGUUUUGAGGUCGUUGUUUGUAUGAGAUUUUGACCUCGCAUGUUGUUGUUGUUUUCUGAAACGUCCCUCUUGGACUAAGAGAUUUCAUGACUUUUUCCUUUCCUUUUAAAUUCUCUCUUUUUCGAAAGUACAGACUACAGAGUCCAAUACAAUUCACGCACCGUAUAUACAGGAAAAACAUUUUGUCCUGAUAAAGAGCUUGAAGUGAUGACUUUUAGAUU